UUGGAGCGGACUAAAGGGAGCGAAGCAUCAGGUGAAGUUCAUAAAAACUGACUGACUUGGGAGAGCAAAAAAAAGGCGCAUGCAAUGACAAAAGGUAACAGACCAUCGCGGCAUGAAUCAGAGGUAAAAUAAGAUAAGUGAUUGAAUUCUGAUACAAAAGAAAAUAACGAAAUAGUAAGAUGUGCAAAAUGGGGCAUAUAUAUUAGUAUUUUUUCGAGCGGUGCUAAAAAGCUAUGCCAUUAUCAUAAUCUAUUCGGCUUUAGUCCGUUGCAAAUAUUAUUAUUAUUAUUAUUAUUAUUAUUAUUAUUAUUAUUAUUAUUAUUAUUAUUAUUAUUUCUUAUCAGACGCCCUUACCCACGGCGACUUACAGUUGUAUACAGAAAAUACAUAUCAAGCAGAAUGACUUUCUCAGACCCACUAAGUAAGGAGAAACAUGUUUAAAAUCGGCUGUUAAAUUUCUUAUUGUAACCUUAUUUAUUGCAAACGAUAGCUUUUCACACAUGUAAACAUUUUUUUGUUAGUUAUAGUUUUUACAUGAAAGUGGGACAUAUAAAGUGUUAACCAUGGUGAUUAUGAGAGCCAGAACAUAAAGAAAAAAAAAAAAAAGACCUGGUUGUUAUCUAAAUUAAUUUGGAAAGAUUAAGAUUUCGAGGACUGACGCUUUGUUUCCAAUAUCUGAAGUAAUGGAUCAGGCUACACAUAACCAAAGUGAAGGACAAUAUUUAAACCGAACAGAUAGUGGGGAAGUUACCCAUAAACCUUUGUUCGGAAUCGGCACUGAUAACUUUAUUACACUUCUGAUAUUUGGACUCAUUUUUAUUCUGGGAGCCGUGGGUAACUCAAUGGUCAUAACGGUCCUAGCUAGAAACGUACCCGGUAAACCCCGCAGUACCACCAACAUUUUUAUCCUGAACCUCAGCAUCGCCGAUCUCUCUUACCUUCUGUUUUGCAUCCCUUUCCAGUCCACGGUCUACAUGCUGCCAACAUGGGUGUUGGGAGCUUUUAUCUGCAAGUUCAUUCACUACUUCUUUACAGUAUCCAUGCUAGUCAGUAUCUUCACACUCUCUGCCAUGUCAGUGGACCGCUACAUCGCAAUUGUGCACUCGAGAAAGGCAUCUUCUAUUAGAGUGGCACGGCAUGCUUUAAUUGGGGUGAUUGCAAUUUGGAUCAUGUCGCUUGCCAUGGCAGCUCCAGUGGCUUACCACCAGAGCAUCGUAAAAAGAGGAGGAAGUAACACAUAUUGUUGGGACGUCUGGCCGGACUUGAAGCAUAAGAAAAUCUAUGUGGUGUGCACAUUUGUGUUUGGUUAUGUGCUGCCGUUGGUUUUGAUCUCCUUCUGUUAUGCUAAGGUUUUAAAUCACUUGCACAAAAAGUUACGAAACAUGUCUAAGAAAUCAGAGGAGUCCAAAAAGAAGACUGCUCAAACUGUACUGGUGGUGGUCGUAGUUUUCUGCAUCUCUUGGCUGCCACAUCAUGUGGUCUAUCUUUGGGUAGAGUUUGGAUCAUUUCCUCUCAAUCAAGCCUCGUUUGUGUUGAGAAUAGCAGCGCACUGCCUCGCCUAUAGUAAUUCCUCUGUGAAUCCUAUUAUAUAUGCAUUCCUGUCUGAGAAUUUCAGAAAGGCUUAUAAACAAGUGUUUAAGUGCCAGAUCAGCAGUGCCUCUCCUCUAAAUGAUGUCAAAGAAAUAAGAAGCAAGGUGGACACCCCUCCCUCCACUAACUGCACCAAUGUGUGACAACAUUCAUGGAGGUUUUUUGUCAAAGCCUAAAGAAAAAAAAAAAAAGGCUUUUGGAUAUUUCCAGCAAAACAUUUUCAUUACCAUAUGAAAUGCAGCAUCUUAAACUCUAUGGGGCGAUCUCAAACAAUAAGUUUAAAGGUAAAAGUUAUCACAGCUUGAUUCAAGCAGAUUUGUUUUCAGUUGUUUCGAAGUCUUCAACAACUGAUGGGGGUGACAAGAACAUCGAUGUUGUUCUAUAUCAUAGAGACUCCUAAACUCAAGAACACAGUGCCAAUAGUACAUUCCUGUAUGUUAUUACAGCAGAACAAAAAACUAUGUUGACUUCCUCUAUUCAUUUAAUUAUUAGCAUACCAUAAAUGGUGAUUUGAUUACAUGCUUUAACACUGGAGUGGAUCCAGGUACUUAAUUAAGUUAAUUCAUUAAGUUAAUACUUAAUUGGUAUAUAGGCAGCUCUGAAUCUAAUUGAGCAUUGCUGAGUUGAAAAGGUUGAUGGAAAGAAGACUGUCUUCAACCAUUGAGAAGUUGAAAUUGAUCUGUGGAUAAGAGUGGAAAAGAUAUCCCCAGACUUGAGUCAUGAAAAGUUAUCUUGAAGCUGUGACAAAUCAAAAUAUAGAGAUCAAACCAAGUUUGAAUUAAGAUGCACGGAACCGGUGUCAGUAUUUGUGACAAAUAAUGUUAUUUACUAAACAUAAUAUAUAUUAUGUUUUUACCUCCAAAUGUACUGUUAUAUUUUGAAAUGCUCAGCUUUUCGGGGAAGUUAGCAUAACUUCUAACUUCAAAUUUUGCAAACAUUCUGGUCAGUACAUUUCCAUGGUUACCAAUAGUCCCUUUAGUUUGAUCCCCUCUCUAAAGCCAGUCUGUUUAUAGAAGUGUUACUGCAGUUUUUUUUUGGGGGGGGGGGGUAAUACUUAGACUUAUCAGUUUAUAAUUUGUGGUAUCAUAACAUUGUAUAAGCAUAUUAUAUACUGACCAGUCCGCACUGUACUUGUUUUAUCAUACAGGAAUAACUGACAGAAUCGGAUUGUUAGACAUCACUGAGGGGUCAUGGCAUGUUACAGAUAGACAAGGAGAUUAAUUAAGCAGAACGGGGUAGAUGCUGGGCUUUUCAAAACCUUUCAAAGCACUUCAAGGUCAUACAGAUACAAUAAAUAAAACUCAAUUUAUGAGCAACACUCAGAACUACUAUCAUACAAAGCUACUUGUUCUUUAAGCAACCACAGGGUUUCAAUACUAAUCAGGACCCCUGUACAGAUUUGUUCCUUCACUCUGCUGCAAAGGUUUUUGUUUAAUUAAUUAGACUCAAACAUGCAUGAAUGAAAAGGUUGAAAAAGCUACAGCCUUAAUAUAUUAUACUUUCUGCAACAUUCUAUAUUUGUGAUGUACAGAAACCCCAAACAUUUCACCUCCAUUUAUAAAUACGGUCAUUUGAAUUACCCAUGUUCUCUCCUAUCCUUUAACUUGUGUUUCCAUUUAUCCAUCGAAAGUGAAGUCCACAAUAUAAGCUCAAUGUAAAGACCAGCUUACAAAUCAGACCACUCUUUCAGUUCCUUUUCAAUUGGGUGACAAUAUGAGAAUCUCCCUUGAUUAUGCUGUUUAUUAAGACUGUUCCAUUUAGUCCCUUUCUAGGUAGCAAUGUAUUUAUCGUUAUCUGUCACUGUACUGUAGCCAUCUAAUUUUUAUUAGGGAGCUCACCUAAAUCCCUUGUUUAGAAAGAUACAGAGUGACAGAAUAGUAGUAAGCGCUAGUGGAGACUUUGAGUAAAUUGUCAUGCUCAUAAUGCAUCAGAGUAGAAAAAUGCAACAUGUCUUAAGACUUUUUGCAUAUAUAUAUAUAAUAAAAGUAAAAACUUAACCCUACCAUUACUGGAUCAGCCCUGACAAAGCUUAAGUCUAUAAAUGGCAGAGAAGGCUCAAGAGAAUUAAAUCACAAUGUUUUCCUGAUUGAAAUCGAUGAAAGUGGUUUAAAGUUUUGCAAGUCUCAGUUUCAAUGAAGCUACAAAAAAUCGUAACAACCCCACUGACACCUUAAAAUCCAGCUACCGAGGGAGACUGUAUGAGAGCCCGAGUGAUCCAAAGAAUACACCAGCUUUUGAUCUUUAUUGAUGAACCGGAUUAGAGCCAACCAAUGCGAAUGAUACAGAUAUCUGGUACACUUGCAGGCCAUUAUUAAAACAUGUAAUUGGUAACAUUGUAGGUUUGAGCCAUCGCUACACAAAUCAUUCAAUUAAGGUCCAGAACAAUCCAAUAGUGGUUUAUAAAGCAGGGAAAUAAAGUCUGUGACUGGUCAUCAACGUGAAAGUAGAACCACUUCCACAGGUCACACUCCUACUGUCCAAUUCAAAGGCAACUUUCCUGGAAGCAUUUUUAAUAACUGAUCAAUAUCUGGAAAUAUUCAAAUUAAUUACCAAGGAAAAGACUACAUCAACUACUACCACUACCACUACUAUGACUACUACUACGACUACUACUAAUAAUAAUAAAUACACAAACACUUUCACAAUCUUAUUUUUUUCUCAAAAUAAAAGCAUACCGUUUUAAAAAUGCAGUUUUGUACACAUUUUAUAGAGAAGCUCAUGGCAACGUUGUUAUAAUGGAGGAGUAUAUUUUGUAAAUACAGUUAAAAUAAUUAAAAAUGAUAAUUAAUUGUGCUGUAACACUGAAGUAUAAAAGAAAUAAGACCCUCCACAUCUGGCAUUACCUGGCAUUAUCGCUGGAUGUAACAGCCCAUAAUGCCUGAUAAUGCCCUCUGUGUCAGGUCUGAAUUGCUUUAGGCUUUCUGAAGAAAACUGGCACUGAACAGACUUCAUGAUUCCAUUCAAACUACCACUUCAACUCUGCUUGCCCAAUCUGCUCUUUAUAUAUCGAGAGGGUGAGUAGGUGGGACCAGCCAAGUUAAAAGCCCAGUUUGUCACGUGAUUUGAAUGGAAUGAGGAAGGCUGUUCAGUCCAAGGCAGUUUUCCAGACAAGCUCAAAGACAAGUAAAUACUAUGAUUAUGAGAAAAAUAUUGGACCAGCAGAACCAACACCCAACACAGCUGCAAACAUCAUAGAAAAUGAGGGCCAGAGGAUGAAGACCAAACCAUGUAACCCUUACUUAUGCCAUUAGAUGAACUUUCCAUUAGUUACAACCCUUCUCUAUACACUCCGCCAUAUUUUUAAAAAAUCAUUGGUCUCUUACCUCUGCACACAAACUGAUACCCUUGUAGAGAGCUGCAAAGCUAUUUUCUAGAUUAUGUGACUGUACCUGAAAGGCUAUUUGCCAGCCAGUUAGGGUGAGACAGUAGUUAUGGGUGAAUUUUCUCCUCAAAACUAAGUAUUGUAUGCACCGAGAUGAAAGAUUAAAUGGAAACCAGUUUUCUCUCCUUUUUAUUGUGCUCUGAUGAAACAGGUUAUGUUGCUGUGUUACCAUUUCAUUUUCCUCAUUUAUUUUGUUACAAAGACUGAAAAGAAAAUGUCAUUGCAAAGUCUAAUUUGACUUAAUAAUAUGUAUUUGCAAAAGUGCCAAUUGUAUAUUGUAGUUUUGCUGCAUAAUUGUGACAAUAAUGUUUCCAUGUUGUGAUUUGAGAGAAUAUAUAUUUAAACUAGUUUAAAAUUAAUAAUUUGUAAUUGUUAUAGAAAUUAAUGGUCAAUUAAUUAUUUGUGUAAAAGUACAUACUGUGUAUUGGUAUCAACCGUUUUAAUGUGAAUUUUGUGUGCUUAAACUAAUUUCAUAACUUUUUAGCACCUUUUCUGUUAAAAAAAAUUAAAUGCUUGGGAUAGUAAGGGCUUGAUGAUCUAACUAUAGCUAACCAAUUUCAAGUGACAGUAUUCGUUUUAUGUAUUAAAAAUAUUUGUGGUUGGUUAGGGAUCAUAGUACGUACCGUUUAUUGCAGGCCUUCAAAUAAUAUUCAGUAAGGUAAUAAAGAUGCAAUCGGUAGGGUAAUAAACAGAAAAAAACACAACUUACAUGCAUUAAGGCAGCAGUGUGGAGUAGUGGUUAGGGGCUCUGGACUCUUGACCGGAGGGUUGUUGGUUCAAUCCCAGGUGGGGGACAUUGCUGCUGUACCCUUGAGCAAGGUACUUUACCUAGAUUGCUCCCUUAAAAACCCAACUGUAUAAAUGGUAAUUGAUUAAAAAAAUAAUGUGAUAUCUUGUAACAAUUGUAAGUCACCCUGGAUAAGGGUGUCUGCUAAGAAAUAAAUAAUAAUAAUAAUAAUUACAGUAUAUCUCAAAACAAACAGUUUAAGCCAUAACAGUAGGAUAACUGUGCUGUCUUAAUCCAUAUUCAGCACAAUUGUUUGCUAAUGCACUUCUGAGUUGUCUUUAGUAGUCUUGGUUAUUUCAUAUUCCUACCUCUUGUUUUAUGUCCUGUAUAACUCAUUAUUUUUGCUUUACAUUUCUAGCUUUUCUUAAAAAAAAAACAAAAAAAACAUGUAAUUAUUAUUAUUAUUAUUAUUAUUAUUAUUAUUAUUAUUAUUAUUAUUAUUAUUAUUAUUAUUAUUAUUUAUUUCUUAGCAGACGCCCUUAUCCAGGGCGACUUACAAUCGUAAGCAAAUACAUUUCAAGUGUUACAAUACAAGUAAUACAAUGAGAGCAAGAAAUACAAUAACUUUUGUUCAAGUGUGACAAACCACAAUUCAAUAAUACAGCAGAUAAUAGUGAUAGUGAAUAGUGAAAACCUAAUGAAGCAGAACAAAAUUAUGUCUUCAUCAUAUACUCUGAUGUAAGCAGUAAUGUUUGUCUACUUAACUGGUCUUUUGUUUGUACCUAUCAGCCCCAGGCAGAGGCAUGUCCAAGUUCAGGCUUUAAAGUUCUUGCUUAUUACAAAAGAGCUCUCGAUUGUGCAGCUCUGCUGCUUUGUCCUGUCAUAACAGACUAUAUACUGUAUUGUUUGCUUUCACAUGCACAUGAUAGAAGACACUCACAUGACUAUAUUCAUGAAGCAUUUGCAUUGAGGUCAAGUAACUGGAUUAUAAUUUACUUAACAGAAACAGAUACUUUAUGAGUGCAGCUGACAACUUAAUCUGUGAUCGUUAAUUUGUGUAGAAUGUUAUUCCUCUGGGAUAGCCGACAGGGUUGCCCAGGUAACCUCCUGGGUAGUAUCAGGUCUAAUCCAGAAUACAACCAUUACUAAAUGGAGAAAACAAAAAACCUACUGAAGCGCUUUCAAAAAAUUCCUCUUCAUUGCUGUCUAGCUCUUACAUUACCUCACCGAAAUGGACUGCUUUCUAAAUGACAAUAAUUGAUAAAUCAGUGUAAUCUGUAGCAAUGCUAGAGAACAUUCUGAAAAUUAUCAAAAACUGAAACAAGCAGAUACAGUACAUUUUAGUGUAUUUAAAUGAUGUUUCUAGGUUAAAGAAAGGGGCCUAAAACAGAAAGAAAACAAAAAAGAGAAAAAUAAAAUAACAUUUUCACUGUUUAUUACUAUUUUAAACAUUGCACCCCAGAGAAAUGCAAAUACUAUUUUUUUUUUAAAAUUAGCCUAGCCUCCCAGAAAAGAAACAAACACUAAUAGUAAAACAAAUGUGUGCAAUGUCAUGUACUUUCCCUUGUUAUAUGUCCUUUAUUACUUUUUUUUCUCUCAAUGCAACAGCUGUGUCAGUUCCUGUAAUGUUACUGUGACCUUGUGCAGUGUCAUGACAAUUGUGUUUUGAUGUAUUUUAACAACAUGACGUACUGAUAACAGAUAAAAAGUGUUUGUUGGUUAGCAUUGCACUCUUGGCUGUAAGUUUUUAAGUGAUGUAUGUUAAUAAAUACAAAAAAAUUGUACUUCA